AGUAAUCAACUAAAUACGAAGCAAAAAUAUCUAUCUGCAAAAAUGAACGAAAAUGAUUCUAAAUAUUCCCAAAAUACUUCGAUGUCUCAGUCCGUCAUAGUUCGUAACAAGGCAACACUCUAGCUAAUGUUGGAUUAAGCAUUUAUCCAUAAAUCGUUUUCAAGUUGGCACAUAGAAUCGUUCAGUGGCCUUACUAACCAUGAAUUCGAUUCCAGAACGAAAGAGAAACUCAUCUAAAAUCACUUUUGAACCUUAUUUUCUAGUCAAUGUCGGCACUGGGGCUGCUAUUGCUUGUCGGCGUCCAGGGCGCCACUAUAAUCAGCAUUAAGUAUCCGCCGGAGGGCGCCGAGGGCCUAGAGCGCAGCCAGCCGGCUAAACGAGAUCUGAGUCUGAGCUAUGCGGCAACCAACAUUGACUCCAAGGAGGGAACGCGCGUCAAGACCAUUACAGUGAUCAAAAAUGUGGGCGGCAGCGGCAGCGGCAGCGGCGGCGGGGAGUCGGGCUCGUCGGGUGCUGCGAGCAAUAGGCAAGUGAAGCUGGCUAUCAAUCCCGAGCUGCACAAGGAUGAGGAUUGGGCGAAUGCGUUUCGUGAUAACUUUGAAUCCUAUGGUGGACUGCCCGAGGUGCCAGACAUAGACGAGCUCUUUGAUUUUGUGAAUGGCAAGAAGACAAGCGCGCCGGCGGCCGGGAAGGAGACAAAGGAGCUAAAGCCCACAGUUGUGGAGAGCUCAACAAAGGCGCAGCCAGCUACGAAGGCGACCAGCGAGCAUGCCGAGGAUGCGUUGGACAGUGAUGAGGCAACCGUGGAGAAGAUCAAGGGUGAUGCCGAGCUGCUGCCCCACAUCAAACAGGCGAACAUACUGCGCAUGCAAGCGCUGGCACUGAAGCAGAAGCAACAAAGGCAGGAACAAGAACAGGAGCCGUCCAAGCGACUGCGCACGCGCGAAUCUCUCAUCAAUGUCAACUACUCGACGCCAAUGCACUCGGUGAGCCAGUUCUUUGAAAACUAUGUGCAGGUGCUGCCCAAUGGCUAUGACUAUAGCAAGCCACAGCCUUGCGCUGUGCCGGCGCCGCCGAAUAGCAUUCAGGUGACGACACCGUCGGGACGCAGCUACGAUAUACCGCAGAGCAACAGCAGUGGCACCAACGGCGGCGCCAAUCAUCCCUACUUGGCGCCAGCGCUGGCCAAGCGGACGCAGAUUCAGCCAAGCCAACCGACUCAGCCACAGCCACAGGCACAGCAGCCGCCAAACUUCUCCACGGUUAACUCGCUGGUGCCGCCAAUUGUACAGCCACAGCAGGGUAAUAAUCUUCCGGCAAAUGUGCCCCAGCAGCAACAGCAGCCCCAGUCCCCGUCUCUGGGUGCAGGUGCAGGUGGAGUAAAUGGUGCAAGUGCGGGUGUUGGCGCUGGGGCUUCUACCAGCCAGCGACCUUAUGUGGCGCCCAGCCUGCGCAACAAUGGUCUGGGCAUCAAUCGGGGCCCGCCAACACCGCAGCCGCCUCCAUUGCCAGCUUACGCAACUGGAAAUAAUGUCAAUGGUGUGCCCAGCUAUCGCACCAACUCGUUUGGCGUCAAUCGUCCGAACACAUUUCGAUCGCGUGGCUUAAAAUACUAAAUACGUACAUCAAACUGUUAAA